AUGGUGUUUUAGUUUCUGCUUUAUAACAAAGUGAAUCAGUUAUACAUAUACAUAUGUUCCCAUAUCUCUUCCCUCUUGCGUCUCCCUCCCUCCCACCCUCCCUAUCACACCCCUCUAUGUGGUCACAAACCACUUAGCUGAUCUGCCUGUGCUAUGCGGCUGCUUCCCACUAGCUAUCUAUUUUACGUUUGGUAGUGUAUAUAUGUCCAUGCCACUCUCUCACUUUGUCCCAGCUUACCCUUCCCCCUCCCCACAUCCUCGAGUCUAUUCUCUAGUAGGUCUGCAUCUUUAUCCCUGUCUUGCCCCUAGGUUCUUCAUGACCAUUUUUUUGUUGUUUUUUAGAUUCCAUAUAUAUAUGUUAGCAUAUGGUAUUUGUUUUUCUCUUUCUGACUUACUUCACUCUGUAUGACAGACUCUAGGUCCAUCCACCUCACCACAAAUAACUCAAUUUCAUUUCUUUUUAUGGCUGAGUAAUAUUCCAUUGUAUACAUGUGCCACAUCUUCUUUAUCCAUUCAUCUGUGCAUGGACACUUAGGUUGAUUCCAUGCCCUAGCUAUUGUAAAUAGAGCUGCAAUGAACAUUUCGGUACGUGACUCUUUUUGAAUUAUGGUUUUCUCAGGCUAUAUGCCCAUUAGUGGAAUUGCUGGGUCGUAUGGUAGUUCUAUUUUUAGUUGUUUAAGGAACCUCCAUACUGUUCUCCAUAGUGGCUGUAUCAAUUUACAUUCCCACCAACAGUGCGAGAGUGUUCCCUUUUCUCCACACCCUCUCCAGCAUUUAUUGUUUGUAGAUUUUUUGAUGAUGCCCAUUCUGACUGGUGUGAGAGCAACAUCAUUUUAUAUCAGACUUCCUAGAACACAGGCUCUCUCUUUAGGAAGAGUCAUUUCAACUCAACCAGGUCUUGUUGCUUACCUGCUCUGUGCUAGGUACUGUAUAAGCACACUAAUGGCCCGGUGCUGCUUCCUAUGGGGUAAGCCCUCUUGGUCAGCAGCCAUUUUAGUGCCCACUGUGUACCUACAAGGCACUUUGCUAGGCUGUGGGGGCAGUAUGAGGAUAAAUAGCACAUGGGACCUGCCUUCAGGGAACUUAACAAUCUAGGGGGAGAUGCAAGAUACAUGCAUUUCAAUUAAUGCAUGAAAAUAAUAGUGUGUAACUAUUCCAUUGAAUAAGCAUGGCUCAUCAGAUAAAAUCAGAAAGUAACUUGAUUUCUGCCUCUUGUUGCUUUUAUUAAAAAAUUAAUUAAUUUAUUUUUGACUGUGUUAGGUCUUCGUUGCAGCGCAGGCUCUCUCUAGUUGCAGCGAGAGGGGGCUACUCUUUGUUGCAGUGCGCGGGCUUCUCAUUGUGGAGGCUUCUCUCAUUGUGGAACACGGACUCUAGGCGCGCGGGUUUCAGUAGUUGCGGCACAUGGGCUCAGUAGUUGUGACGCAUGGGCUUAAUUGCUCCGUGGCAUGUGGGAUCUUCCCAGACCAGGGAUCGAACCCAUGUCCCCUGCAAUGGCAGGUGGAUUCUCAACCACUGUGCCACCAGGGAAGCCCCUCUUGUUGCUUUUUAAAAUUGAUUCUGUAGGUCUAGAUCUUGCUCUGCCACUGGAUGAAAUUUAGACAAGUCACAUGAUUGUUUUGGUCACCCUUGGUCUCAGUCUUAUUUCAGUAAUGAUCAUGUCCAUCCCAAUAAUAACCCAAACUUCAGUUUCAACUUAAAACUGAGGCCUCUUCCCAAUCCCAGCUUGGUGUUGUUGAAGAAGAGAAGCCUAUGGUAGUUGGUGGUCUGGAUGGGGAGUCUGCUCUUCCUCACUUAUUUAGCUACCAGGGGUCUGCAACCCUUCAACGUUGUUGCCUGGGGAAAGAGAAGAGGCGAGAGGAGAGGAAAUUCUCUCUACACAUUUGUGAUCUCCAGCGUCACCAGCCUCCUCAGAGGAAAGUGGUGGUUCUUUUACUCAUCCCUGGUCUGGCCCCUCUGUGAUUCCCCUCAAAGACCAAGCUUUUCUAGCCCCCUCAAAAUCUACCCCCAACAUUCCUCAUGGAGAAAGUCUAUGUGGUCUGGCAGGAAUUUCCUCUACUUCUGCCCCACCCAUCACCUCUUCCCUUCCAUUUUCUUCCCUGUCUUGGAUGAAGCUGCCCUCCUCCCACGGUCCUGGCUCAGCCUGUCACCUCUGCUCUGCACCAUGAAUCCCCCAAGAGCCAUUCGGCAGAACAGGAGAAACUGGCAUGGAAAAAUGCCAGGAUUUGGAGACCGAGUCCUUUUUUCGAUAGGACCAUUCUUUGUUGUGGCUCAUUCGAUACAGCUCCUCAUAAUUAAUCUCUGCAUUUAACAUAACUCCGAUCAAAAUUUUAAAAAUGAUUAUUUUUAUUAUUAAAAUUAUUUAAUUGUUUUUUGUGAUAAAAUGUACAUAAUAUAAAGUUUACCAUUUUAACCAUUUUUGAGUGUACAAUUCAGUGGCAUUAAGUAAAUUCACUUUGUUGCACCACCAUCCAUCUCCAGAACUUUUUCAUCAUCUCCAGCAGAAACUCUGUACCCAUUAAACACUAACUCCCCAUUUCUCCUUCCUUCUAGCCUCAGGUAAUCACUAUUCUGCUUUCUGUUUCUAUGAAUUUGGCUAUUCUAAGUAUCUCAUAGAAGUGGAAUCAUACAAGUAUUUGUCCUUUUGUGACGGGCUUAUUUCACUUAAUGUCUUCAAGUUUCAUCCAUGUUUUAGCAUGAGUCAGACUCUCCUUCCUUUUUAAGGCUGAAUAGUAUUCCAUUGUAUGGAUAAACCACACUUUGUUUAUACAUUCACCUAUCAAUAAACAUUUGGGUUGUCUCCACCUUUUGGUUAUUGUGAAUAAUGCUGCUACAAACAAUGGCAUACAAGUAUCUAUUUGAGUCCCUGCUUUCAACAUUUUGGACAUAUACCCCAAUUUGUUUAAUUGUUUUUGACUAGAGAAUACAUCCCUAUGAUGGACAAUAUAAAAGGUACAAGAGGUUAUACAGUAGCCCUUGAGCUCCUGCCUCUCACUGUCCCUCCCAGGAAUCAUCACUGUUACCAGUUUCUUGUGACUUCAUCCCUGGAGAGACUGUGCACCUCUAGGCACACCCCACACACAAAUGGUGACAAACCACAAGCAUUCCUCUACACUUUGUUUUUUUUCCAUUUAACAACAUUUUUAAAAGAUCAUUCCAUAGCACUGUUUAAAGAAUAUCCUCAUUGUAUUUAAAAUCUUUGUGAUUUUUCAAUGUAAGACAAAACUUAUUUUAUCAGUCCCCUCUUGAUAAACAUUCAUGUUGUUUCCAAUGUUUUGCUGUCAUGAACAAUGCUGUAAUAAUAACAGCUGGCAUUUACUGAGCACUUACUAUGUGCCAGGCUUUCUUUAACAUCCUUUCCAUGCAUUAUAUCAUUUAAUUCCCCUGAUAACCCUCUGACAUAAGUGCAGGAAGGUGAGUGACUGCCUCAAACCACAUAUGUGUCUUUGUCCACAGGUCGGAGUGUAUCUGUAAGAUAACUUUCUACACAGGAAUAGCUGCUACCCAACGUGAAAUGACAUCUUCUUGCUCUCAACUAUCCAAGGGCCAUCUGAGUUAACUCUUCCAUCUUCUGGGAUAGGGGAGCCAUUCUAGGAGACUGAACCUAGGAGCGAGAUCUGAGGGUUUAACUUAGCCCUUAUGAAGAUUUGCAACCAACUCUCCUGUUUUCGGCCCCAUCCUCUAUCCUGGUGUUCAGUUAUGAAGGUGGAGGAGGAAAAGGCUGGGGUAGGGAAGCUGGACCCCCCUAACUACAGGAGGCGAUGUCAGGAUCAGGAAGACUGCCGUUCCAUCCACAUUGGGCUUUCAGUCCCCAGUUACCCUCACAGGAAAAGAGACCCGAAGGGACAUCUUUCAGGCCUGCAAAAGGUCCACUGGGGCUUGCGGCCAGAGAAGCCGCAGCAGGGGCUGGCCAGUGCCUGCAGCACUGUGGAUCAUGUCAUCAGGACACGGUCUCCAGCUGCUGAGCAGCUCCAGGACAUCCUGGGGGAGGAAGAUGAGGCUCCCAACCCCACCCUCUUCACAGAGAUGGACACUCUGCAGCACGACGGAGACCAGAUGGAGUGGAAGGAGUCGGCCAGGUGGAUAAAGUUUGAAGAAAAGGUAGAGGAAGGAGGCGAGCGCUGGAGCAAGCCCCAUGUGUCCACACUGUCCCUGCACAGCCUCUUUGAGCUCCGGACCUGCCUGCAGACGGGGACGGUGCUGCUGGAUUUGGACAGCGGCUCCUUACCACAGAUCAUAGAUGAUGUCAUUGAAAAGCAAAUCGAGGACGGCCUCCUUCGGCCAGAGCUCCGAGAGAGGGUCAGCUACGUCCUACUGAGGAAACACCGUCACCAAACCAAGAAGCCCAUCCACCGCUCCUUGGUUGACAUUGGAAAGUCAGUCUCCUCCACCACCAAUCGCAGCCCAGGCCGGAGCCCCGCGGCGGGCCCCAGCCUACACCACUCCACCGAGGACCUGAGGAUGCGGCAAAGCGCAAAUUACGGCCGCCUGUGUCACGCCCAGAGCAGAAGCAUGAAUGAUAUUUCUCUCACCCCAAAUACAGACCAGCGGAAAAACAAAUUCAUGAAGAAGAUCCCCAAGGAUUCAGAAGCCUCCAAUGUGCUCGUGGGCGAGGUGGACUUCCUGGACCAGCCAUUCAUUGCCUUCGUGCGUCUCAUCCAGUCAGCCAUGCUGGGAGGAGUGACUGAGGUGCCUGUCCCCACCAGAUUUCUGUUCAUACUGCUGGGACCUUCUGGGAGAGCAAAAUCCUACAAUGAAAUUGGCCGUGCCAUUGCAACCCUCAUGGUAGACGACCUCUUCAGCGACGUGGCCUACAAGGCCAGGAAUCGGGAGGAUCUGAUCGCAGGGAUUGAUGAGUUUCUAGACGAGGUCAUCGUGCUCCCCCCUGGAGAGUGGGACCCAAAUAUCCGAAUUGAGCCACCCAAGAAGGUGACUUCUGCUGACAAGAGGAAAUCCGUGUUCUCCCUGACUGAGCUAGGUCAGAUGAACGGCUCUGUGACGGGAAGCGGCGGAGGGGCUGGAGGCGGCGGCGCUGCAGGCGGCGGCGGCAGUGGGGCCGGCGGAGGGAGCAGUGGGGAUGAUGGAGAGAUGCCAACCGUGCACGAGAUCGGGGAAGAGCUCAUCUGGACAGGAAGGUUCUUCGGUGGCCUGCGUCUGGAUGUCAAGAGGAAGCUGCCCUGGUUCCCAAGUGACUUCUACGAUGGCUUCCACAUUCAGUCCAUCUCUGCCAUCCUAUUCAUCUACCUCGGCUGCAUUACCAACGCAAUCACCUUUGGUGGGCUUCUGGGGGAUGCCACUGACAACUAUCAGGGAGUGAUGGAGAGUUUCCUGGGCACUGCCAUGGCUGGCUCCUUGUUCUGCCUCUUCUCGGGACAGCCUCUCAUCAUCCUCAGCAGCACAGGGCCCAUCCUCAUCUUCGAGAAGCUCCUCUUCGACUUCAGCAAAGGCAAUGGCCUGGACUACAUGGAGUUCCGCCUCUGGAUUGGCCUACACUCAGCUGUCCAGUGCCUUAUCCUGGUGGCCACAGAUGCCAGCUUUAUCAUCAAGUAUAUCACCCGCUUCACUGAGGAGGGCUUCUCCACCCUCAUCAGUUUCAUCUUCAUCUAUGAUGCCAUUAAGAAGAUGAUUGGUGCCUUCAAGUACUACCCCAUCAACAUGAACUUCAAGCCUGACUCUAUCACCAUCUACAAAUGCGAGUGCGUCGCCCCUGACACAGCGAAUACAACCGCAUUCAAUGCUUCAGCCACGUCGCCACCCAACACCAACACUUCUCUGUACAACCCCCUUAACCUCACAGCGUUGGACUGGUCCCUGCUGAGCAAAAAGGAGUGUUUGAACUAUGGUGGGCGCCUACUUGGGAAUUCCUGCCAGUUCAUCCCAGACUUGGCACUCAUGUCCUUCAUCCUUUUCUUCGGGACAUACUCCAUGACCCUGACCCUGAAGAAGUUCAAAUUCAGCCGCUAUUUCCCUACCAAGGUUCGGGCCCUAGUAGCUGACUUUUCCAUCAUUUUCUCCAUCCUGCUGUUCUGUGGAAUUGAUGCCUGUUUUGGCCUGGCAACCCCCAAGCUGCUCGUGCCCAGCGUCAUCAAGCCCACGCGGCCUGAUCGAGGCUGGUUCGUGGCCCCCUUUGGGAAGAACCCAUGGUGGGUGUACCUGGUAAGCAUCCUGCCCGCCCUGCUGGUGACCAUCCUGAUCUUCAUGGACCAGCAGAUCACGGCCGUCAUAGUCAACCGGAAGGAGAACAAGCUGAGGAAGGCUGCUGGCUACCAUCUGGACCUGUUCUGGGUGGGCAUCCUCAUGGCUCUCUGCUCCUUCAUGGGGCUCCCCUGGUACGUGGCUGCCACGGUCAUCUCCAUUGCCCACAUCGACAGCCUCAAGAUGGAGACGGAGACCAGCGCCCCUGGGGAGCAGCCGCAGUUCCUGGGGGUCAGGGAACAGAGAGUGACCGGCACCAUUGUCUUCAUCCUGACAGGGAUCUCUGUCUUCCUGGCUCCCAUCCUGCAGUACAUCCCUUUGCCAGUGCUGUAUGGAGUCUUCCUCUACAUGGGUGUGGCCUCCCUGAAUGGCAUCCAGUUCUGGGAUCGCUGCAAACUCUUCCUGAUGCCGGCCAAGCACCAGCCGGACCAUGCCUUCCUGCGGCACGUGCCCCUGCGCCGGAUCCACCUCUUCACCCUGGUGCAGAUACUGUGCUUGGCUGUGCUCUGGAUCCUCAAGUCUACGGUGGCCGCCAUCAUCUUCCCAGUCAUGAUCCUGGGCCUCAUCAUCGUUCGAAGGCUUCUGGACCUCAUCUUCUCCCAGCAUGAUCUGGCCUGGAUUGACAACAUCCUUCCAGAGAAGGAGAAAAAGGAGGCAGAUAAGAAGAAAAGGAAAGGGGCCCAUGAGCACAGUGAAGAGGAGGACAAAGAUCUUCCAGUUGGAGUUACUCACUCUGAUUCCUCCUUCAGUGAUUCAGAACUCGACCGAAGCAUCACCCUGCACUUCAAAAUCUCCUGUCCAGCUUCACCUGCCUUCAGCUACUCACAGAGCCCAGUCUUCAUGGUGCCACAGGUGAAGAUAGAGAUGGAGCCAGACUGUGACUUCACAGACAUGGAAAGAUAUGGAAGAGAAGCUGACAGCGAGACCACCCUCUAGGAGGACGGACGGGGCACAGAGUGAGGGCCUCGUUUAGUCUUCACUGUGAGGGUCUGGGCCAAAACCCUUCACUUUUCCAAACCUGUUUCCUUAUUUACCAAACAGAGGGAGUCAUUCUGCUUGAUAGAAAACUGGAGAGCUGCUGAUGAAAAGUACUACUUAUAUGCAAAGCCCUCUACUUCCCUCUGUAGUUAUGAAAAUAACUAAAGCUAAAUGUUACACCUUAUUUUAAAAUGCAGUCCAGCAUAGAAAUUAUAACAUUUCUUUUGAAAUGAAAAAAUGCUUUCUCUCAAAACUGUAGCUAAGAUAAAGGGGCACUACUCAAUUUUUAUUUAAAACAAAUAUCAGUUAAGAUUUGUUUUUAAAAGCUGAGAUUUUAAAUGAUCUAGAUGGUCUUAAAACAACUUAAAAUACUCAUACUU